AUAACUCUCAUCAUCUGAGAUUGGUUCUGGACUAUGCCACUUAAAGAUGCUGCCAUGUCCCAUUGCAGCUUGAUGGAAUGCUGGAGUAAAGUCUGUUGGCUCCUGUAAAACCUGCAUUGGUCUCUCUGCAUUCUCUCGCAGGUUGCUGUGAGCCUCCUCUGGAGGGCAAUGUAUUCAUCGCCCAGGGCAGAAGUCAGAGGAUCUACAGGCUGUUCACCAGCAGGGAUUAUAGGCGCAGGUUCACCUCUAGCUGCUGUUGCAUCUGGAACUAUGACAGCUGUUGCUUCAGGAGGAACUACAAGAGCUGGUGCUUCAGGAGGAACUACAAGAGCUGGUGCUUCAGGAGGAACUACAAAAGCUGGUGCUUCAGGAGGAACUACAACAGCUGGUGCUUCAAGAGGAACUAUGACAGCUGGUGCUGCAGGAGGAACUACCACAGCUAUAUGCUCCUCUUCAUAUGCUGGAGCUCUUCCAAGGGAAGCGGAUGGUGGAGCUCUCCGGGUGGACUGGUAGUCCCAUUGACGACUGGUGUGCGACCACUCAGCCUGUCCAGUUUGUAUGUCCUGUUGCUAAAAGUCCUGACUGGCCUGAUAUUGGGAGGGGGGUAAAGAUAUCUACCCUUUGGGGAUGCCUUGGCUGCCCCUCAUAACCAAAAGAAUAGUCCUCCGGCCAGGGCUCCUCUUCAAAACUUGGUGGCAUGACGUAUGGGUCCUCAACAGAGGCAAUCCAACCCACCUCAUGCCUGGGAUCAUACUGUUGAGGGAUUCUCUGGCCUGGUGGUUGCGGUGGAGGCAUUCUCUGGCCUGGUGGUUGCGGUGGAGGCAUUCUCUGGCCUGGUGGUUGAGGUGGAUGCAUGCCCGUUUGCACCCUGGUGACAGGAGGUUCUGUGGAGGAGUCAAAUGAUGAGAGCUACACCGACACCACAACCACAGCCAGGGAGGAGUACCAAUGAAGCGCCCACUUCUUCAAGAUCUUCUGCAGCUGUUUCGAGACCAUCUACAAGUGCAGCUCAUGGUCAAUUUAUAAGGUCGAAAUAUACUGUCACACACAGUUCUUCAUCUGCGGAUACACUCCUUGAUGUAAGGACCAGCACUCCAGAUACCGGUGUUGGAAGAGGAACUGAACCACCUGUCACAAGGAUACAGACAGCCAUGCCACCACCACAACCACCACCACCACCACAAGCCUUAAGGCAGCUGCAUGAACAGUGUGCUCCCAGGCAUGAGCCUGGUUGGAUGGCUUCAGUUGAGGACCCAGGAGUGAUGCCACCGGCAUUGCCAUAUGACCCCUGGCAACAUUCCUGUUUAUACCCCCCACAACACAAUCACAGUCUCAUGUCAGUCAUGGAUAUUACCCACAGACUAUGUCACAGGAUGUGCCUAUUGUAGAGGAUGAGUGGUCACACACUGGUCAUCAGUGGGAAUACCAAUCAUCUAUGAGAGCUCCACCAUCUUAUUCACUGGGACGAGCUCCACAAUCUUAUUCACUCGGACGAGCUCCACCAUCCUCUUCCCUAGGACGAGCUCCACCAUCAGCACCAGCAGCACCACCAGCAGGAACUACAGCUGCCCCUCAAGCAACAGAAGCACAUCAACAAGCAUCAUCUCUUCUCCAACAUUGUGGCCCUCAAGCAACUGCCAGCCCUGUUGCUCAAGAGCCUGUAGAUACAUUGUAUUCUCCCCUGGGUGAGGAAUACAUUACACUCCAGAGGAGGCUCGUCACAAGCACUGAGAGUAUACAAAGAGGGCAAGAGAGGUUCUUCAGGGGCCACGAGAGAUUCUUCAGGGACCAAGAGGGGUUACACAAACCUAGCAUAGAGCUGCAGAGGGAAAUUUCAGCAUCGUUAAGGGCAAGCGUUCAAAACCAGUCACAGAUUAAGCAAAUUCUGUCUGAUAUGCAGAUGGACAAUAGAUGGAGAGAACAAAAUCAACUUUUGGGUGCGUUGGUUGAGCACUUUACACAUCAGCAGGACACUGCCUCCAGCCUAUCAUCUGUGGCCAGCGCACCAGCAGGAACACCAGAAUCUGCUAGAACAAGGAGAAAAAGGCAAUCCACUACAGGCACCUCAGCUCCCUCAUCCAAGAAGCCAAAAAAUAAAUAAAUAUUAUUGUAGUUCACCAUAAA